AUGUCGAAAUCCACAGAGCCUAACUCCCUCUAUCCUCAGAAAUACACUGUCCCCUUUGCUCGGAAGUUGAGCCCGGCAGAACAAACCCAGGUAGAUUACUACCGAGGGUUGCGUGAAAGCUUUCACGAGGGCCCCUUCUACUCCGUUCUUGAUGCAUCAUCUUCCAACGCCAAAAAGGGCAGCGCCGCACGUGCCAACUUUGACGCUUUCCAUGGCAUGCCCACUUAUUCCGGCCGUUAUCAAAAGAAACGGCGCACUCUCCCCAAGAUCACCGGACGACCUUAUUUCUUGAAAUUCUUCCCCCGCGAGCUAUGGCAAACACUCCAGCCAAACUUCCGACCCGACACGUCCAUGGAUGGCUACCAAGCCCAGGCUUCAGCCGCCGGAGUGAAGCGCGGUUUCGAAGACGAAGAAGACGAAGCUGGACCUGCAAAGCGCACAGCCGGCGGCGAAGACGAGGAUGAAGGCGACGUAGAUGUGGAUGAAGCCGCAUUGCUUGAUGGGGAUGAUGAGCAGGAAGAGGAAAUUAUGGAUGAUGACUUCUCGGAAGAUGAUGAUGAGAUGGGCGGCGAUUACAACGCUGAACAGUACUUCGACGACGGAGAAGAUGAUAUUGGCGAUGAAGACGGUGGGGGCGGCGGCGGCGAUGAUGAAUUCUGA